UUCAACUUCGAAGCCAAGCAAAUUCUUGGAUUGGGAUUUCAUGCCUUUUUUUUCAUACCUCAUGCCUUCAUGCCUUGCGCCUUACUCCUCGGGCUGUUGGUCGUUAAGUGCUGAAGCAGAAGGCUUAAUCUUAACCUCGAUUGCCUUUUCCUUUUUUUCAAUUCAUUAGACUUAUAGAUCACAAGUUUUGGCAAGUUGCUGUUUUCGUGAUUCAUAGUUCAUCUCUUGUUCUGGUUCCGAAAAGUUUCACAUUCACAAAAAUGACGCCCUCAUCAUGAACCUCUACAAUGUCCUCAGCAGCUAGGUCUACUAUUCUAGGCCAGGGACGUCAGGCCUGGCGAUCCCUUUACGAAUUGGUCGAUACAUUCACUUCGAAAGUGUCGCCGAGGCAGAAUUCAGUCAAUCGUUUUGGGCCGCAUCAGAUUAUCACGUCUUUUUCCACAGCGACCCCGCGAUUGUCGAAACCUCCAUGGUCUUUCCCCCAUGUCCCAAGACCCUGCAGUAAUAAUGUUCGCCGUAGCUUCACCUCCAGUGGUAUACUCUUAUUCGGGUUUGCGUCGCCAUUUUCAACCACUUCUUCCGUCGCCGCGACAUGUUCGGCAGCUGCGGAUUCCGUGGUCCUCGGGAGCGCGGGUCAAACGUCAAACAUUGGCAGAUUAGCGAAACAGGCCUGGGUUAGAGACAUACAUACCACUACUCGGAGAAGAGUGGUUAGGAUCCAUCGAAGAACGAAGACGUCUAAGUCUAAUACCGAUAAUGGGAAUUCGGCUGUCGCUCAGCAGAAGACGGGAUCUUCGUCGCAACCCGCUUCGAAUGCGAAUGCGAUACCCAAUACGAAGCCUAAAGUAGGUCCACCCGAAGCGGAGUCUACGUCUGCGUCCGUGUCCAAGUAUUUCCAUCUACCUGCAAUGCCGCACCUACCACAUCGACCCACGAAAGAGGAGUUUCUAGCUGCCGCCAACGGCUUUUGGCAGCGCCUAAAAGUUCGGUUUAAGUGGUUCUCUAUCAGAAGCAUGAGACCGUGGAAUAUAGAUGAGUGGGGUGCUUUUGUAUCCUGGUUUCUAUUUGGCCAUUUAGUUUGGAUUCUAGUCGGCACAACCACAUUCUUCUCCCUUGGCAUCCUCUUUAUUAAUACCGUCUUUGCGCAAGAAACUCUCGCGAAAUGGGUCGGCGAUUAUUUGACUGAGUCUGCUGGGGUUACUGUUGUCUUCGAGUCUGCCAUUGUCCCUAGGUGGAAGGAUGGUGUCAUCUCCUUUAGGAAUGUGUUCGUCUCCCGAAGGCCAGGCCAAGUCAAGUCUUCUGUCAGCAAGGGAUCAUCGUCCAAUGCUGCUGCAGUUGCCGCUGCCGAAAGGGGAUCCGAUAAGGAGACCCCUGAUCCUGUCGAGGUAGACGAUGGCAACUAUACACAAUUUGACAUUACGUUGAAUGCGGUUAACGUUACGCUCUCGUUCGUCAAGUGGUGGAAUGGUAAGGGCCUGCUAAAAGAUGUUGAGAUCAAAGGGGUUCGAGGAGUUGUGGACAGGACUUCGAUAAAGUGGUCUAGCGAGCCUGCUGAUCCCUUAUCGUACCGACAUGAACACAAUCCUGGCGAUUUCGAAAUCGACUCCUUCAAGCUAGAGGACUUGCUCCUCACCAUCCAUCAACCCGAUGGAUUCCGACCCUUCCCUGUAAGCAUCUACUCUUGUGAGCUUCCUCAGCUCAGAAAACAGUUUUUGUUUUACGACUUUCUAGCUGCCACCCACAUGUCUGGAUCAUACGAUGGUUCGCUCUUCACCAUACAUCCUCGUCAGAUUCAUGGGGUUCCUGCUGGACGUGAGCACAUGGCCUCUGACCCAUUAGGAGAGCCAGACGUCUGGAAGAAGCACAGCCGAAUCCGCAUAGAUGGACUCAAGAUAGAUCAUCUCAACAGGGGAGUUGAAGGACCUUUUGGGUGGAUUUACGAAGGCAAUGUUGACAUUGUAGCUGACAUUAGAUUCCCUGCCGAUGAUGACGAUGGCAUCACCAAAGUCAUGGCGGAUUUCUACGAGAGACUUGAGGAGGCUGUCACGUCAAAUCGUUACAUUCAUAUUCUUGAUCUCGAUAAAUCACGCCGAUACGAAAAGACAAUUUCCAAUGACCCAAGCGACUUCCAGUCUAACGAGACACCAACCGAGAUAGACACUGACUCCACGACUGCUGAACACGCACUCAACAGCAGCCCAACUCAAGCCGCGUCCACCUCGCCACCCACACCAAACACAUCAACCUCUGACGAAGAUCCCCCGCGCUACCUCGUCAUGGAUGUACGCAUCCACCUAAAUGAUGUGAAGGCUACCGUACCGGUCUUCACGUCCAAUUUAUCCUAUGUGAACCAAGCUUUAGUACGACCCAUAGUAGCGUAUAUUAACGCGAAGCGCACGUACAUCCCUAUAAACUGCCGCAUCGUCAAGCGUGUUUCCGACUUCGACGGCGCCUGGACCAUCUACGAAUGCGGACUUAUGGACGACGCAUCUGCCGAGAUGUAUACCGCCUUCGCCCGUGACGUCGAGGACCAGCAGAGCCGCGUGCGCCGUCUCAAGAAGGUCGGCUUCUGGACCCUAAGUCUCGCCGUCCACGCUCUUUUCAUGGGCAUGGCCGGAAAUGUCAUAUAAGGAAGAAAAAUAAAAAGAAGGGAUAAUUACUUACCUCUCUUAUAUUUUUCUUCCUACUCUGUACAUAGUAAAAAAAAACAAAAUUACGAAAUGGAAUAUUAUACGAUGAAUGGGAAUAUGUGUAUGUAUGGGGGGAAACAAAAAAGGAGGUUUCGCGCGGGUAUGGCUUACUUGAGGUAUCUUCGAAGGGUGGCAGGCCGGGCAUAUUAUCAUUUAUUUAUCUACCUGCCUAAGGUAUACAGGUAUGGAGUUAUCAUGGCGUCUGGAGUAGUAGUUGCGGCUUUAAACCCGCGGAUCCCAUUCAAUGUUUUUGGGUUAUCGUCGUCGUUUAGAGUCGGAAAUACCCCACUUAGGUAGAAGUAAAUACAAUACAUAUUAAAAAAGCAAUAUCUAAU